CCAUCUGAAGCACAUUCACUUUCAUGAGUGCCUAACACUCGACUUCAUUUUAAAGUCUCCAUUUGUACUCCUUUUGUUAUUCAGAAUUACAAACGCCUACUAACGCUACAAGAACGAUUUUAGUCUGUCUUGCAAUCAGUUGAGACACCUACCAAGUCAAUUCCAUCUUCAUCUGCAGAAGAAGUCAUCGAUAAACUUCCAGAAUAUAUCUCAGACUUUAUCAAGUAACAAAGAGAAUUAUAAAUAUUGAUUUCUGAACAAAACAAAUAUUGAUAAUUUCGGAGGCGAUAAGAUAUUGAAUUCCUACAUAGGCCCAGCGUCCAAUCAUUUUUAUAUUACCAACAAAAAGAGGAUAAGCAGAGCAAAGAAAAUCAAUUACAGGAGGAGACCUCAUCAUUUAUCCUCAUCCGAAAGAUGUAUCAGUUGGGUCUGAUAUUGCUUUGUGUUAGUUUCUGCUCCAUCUUCAAACCAACGGCUAGCUUUUGUUAUGAACAAAAUGCCAACACGGAAUUCACAAGGUUAGGACGCGCCAUUAAGUUCUGCAGCUUUCGAGGAAUCAAACUUUUGUCCGGUUCUCGACUAAAAACCCAAGACUGUCUUUCUUGUAACUGCACAACCGAGAAACUAAAAUGUUGUGGGUUUGGUGUGAACAGCGGUCUGCACGUGGUGCCAAAACAGUGCAAGAUGCUGAAGGACGGCUGCACCCCACACUAUGUUCGUCGGGACAACGAAAACGUUGAUUGUGUUUCGGGUACACCGAUAAUGAUCGACGAUUCCGCUCAUAAGAAAUCAGACCACGACUAAAAAUGAUCCCUGCUGCACAUUGUUCGACUCACCGACAUGAGACAUGAAUAAGAACUACUGCAAAAACAGCCAAACUAUCCACGGCAUUCAUUGUGGCAAAUUAGAAUAGAAUAUAAGUAUUUUAGUAAGCAACUUA